UCCCGCUCAUCUCAUUUGGGCGGCCAAACAAAUUUUGGGCAGCUGAGAUGUGGAUUCAAAUUUUGAAUCCCUUACUCAUCCCAAUCCCAAGACACUUAUCAUACGCAUACUCUUCACAUGCUUUUUUGUUCCUAUUCUUUCUUCUCCCAGAGAAACCCUAAAACACAAAUGAAGUCAGAUCUUGUAGAUUCCAAUUACUUCUCAUUCUUAACAAAAUCGAGUUCUCAUUUUUAUCAAAAUCACCCCGGAAUUAUUCAACGAUUUGGAUGAACAAAGAUCCAUCCAACUCACAUCCAAGUUCCGAAAACCCAAGAUCUAGGAUUUACUUCCAUGUCCUGAUUAAACUGAUUAGGAUAACAGAUCUACAGUUCGUGAUUGCACUUGGUUGAGAAGACAACAACUAUUGAUAGUACAGAACUUCAAAAGGGGAGUGAGCCCCCCCAAAGAGUUUAUACAAGCCAAAAAGCAUUAUACUGAAGCUCUCAUUGACGGGCGAGUGCAUUUUAAACUUUUUGAUGACUGCUAUGUCCAGGCCGGUGAGGGCGAAGAUAAUUACAUAUGCAGAGUUGUUGAAUCACUAGACCUUCAUGGCCACAUCGCCAAUAAUCUGUUUCUAUCAUUAUAUAAUGAAAUCCACCAGGAGAUAUUGCUGUGAUGGUAGUGACGAGUAUGAUGGCAAAACCAGGUGCAACAACACCUGUUGGGAGGCUGGAAAAGCAACAAGAGAUAAGUUAAUGGAAAAAAAUGCAUUACAUCGGGAUGGCGUUGCCAUAAGAAAGCAUGAAGUUCAACAAGCAAAAGUCUCAGCAGCAAAAGAUGAGGCUGAGCUGUCAAAUCUGAAGAAUGAGGAGAAAAUUUUCAAGGGGAUUGUUCAACAACUUAAGGAGCACAAGGAACGAAUAGAGGAGGCAGUGGAGAAAGAGCGCAUCCAGAAAGAAAAGGAGGAAAAGCAGAUAAAGGAAGCCGGUGAAUCUGAAUCGAAGGAACACAAAGAUGAAGAGAAAAAUGAUGCUGAAGAACAAGAGCAUGUGAAAGAUCACAAUGUUGAAGAACAAGAGUCUGUCGAAAAUAAUGACAAUGAAGCUUAUAACCUAGGUUUUCAUCGCUACAACCUUGCAUUCAUUUCACAACACAUGAGUUUGCUAUUAAACACAUGGCUGAUGGUGACGAAGGUCGAAACCUUAAUUACAGUGAUUUGCCUGGUUGAUGACAAAUCCCAGUUCUACCACUCAUAAGGCCCUGGACUUUUACUACGCUUUGGGCACCCAAAAUGGUUGAGCCGCCCCUGAAUCGUUUAUAGGUUUCAAGCACCAUAUGAUAUCAAUGACAUAAACAAAGAAGCUGUGCUGAUAUUUAUUUAGCGAUGAAGCUUAAAAUUAGACAAUGUAUGCAUUAAAAGCACCAUGAUACAGAUCUGUGUACUUUAUAAUAUAUAUUUGCAUAACUUGAGAGUUUACA